UAGACUCUUUAACUUCUAUGAUUGAGGGUUAUAACGAAAAUUCUCAACCACUCAACUUAAUUAGAGAACAAAUAAUUAUCGUACACAAAUAUUCCUUAAUCAGAUUUACAAAGAGAAAAGAAAAGGACCUGAACUGAAGAAAAUAGUUAUUUCUAACAUAGAGAGAGAAAGGCGGGUAAUAGCCGUUGGAGUACAACAGGAUGCUAACUAGCUGGAGACUCUUUCCUGCUUCGUUCACCAGGCCGAAGUACUGUCCAGGUGGAUUUUAUUGCAGGGCUGAGGAUCAAGUGAGUAGUAUAAAUGAAGGUCAAAAGAAGAAGAAGAAGAAGAAAGUGUUGAUAGUAGGUUCAGGCUGGGCUGGCCUUGGAGCUGCUCACCAUCUCUGCAAACAGGGCUUUGAGGUCGUUGUUCUUGAAGGUGGCUAUGAAUUUGGACCCAAAAAUCAAUCCCUAAGCCCUGACGAUGUGGGUAUUCGCGGUUUCUGGUAUCCCUAUCGAAAUAUAUUUGAUCUAGUUGAUGAGAUUGGUAUCAAGCCCUUCACUGACUGGACUAAAUCUGCUCAGUACUCGGCAGAAGGAUUGGAGGUUCAGUUUCCAUUACUCCAAAACGAACCCCAAUUGCCUGCUCCUCUUGGAUCAUUAUUAUACAGUAAGUUUGUUCGAGUCCCAUUGGUGGAUCAAUUGACAUUGCUUCCUCUGAUGGCUGCAAUAAUAGAUUUUGACUACACCGAUAGUGCCUGGACAAAAUAUGAUCCAGUUACUGCAAGGGAGCUUUUGAAGCAAUUUGGGUGCUCAGAAAGGCUUUAUCGCGAUAUUCUUGAUCCAUUGAUUGAAGUGGGCCUAUAUGCCCCUGCGGAGCAAUGUAGUGCUGCUGCCACUCUUGCUGUGCUGUACUACUAUGUCAUUGCUCAUCAGAAGCACUUUGAUUUGGCAUGGUGUCGCGGGAGAGUUAGAGAACAAAUUUUUGAGCCUUGGAUGGAUUCCCUCAAAACUCAGGGAUGCAAAUUCCUAAAGGGUAGAAAAGUAACAGACAUGUUGGUGACUGGGGAAACUAACUGCAUCUCUGAAGUAGUAUGUGAGAAAGAAAGUUUUGUGGCUGAUGCUGUAAUCUUCGCUGUCGGAGUAUCCACUCUGCAGGAGAUUAUUCAGAACAGUGCAGCAUUAUGUUCAAGGGAGGAGUUUCUCAAGGUUUUGAACUUGGCCAGUAUUGAUCUACUUAGCGUUAAGCUACAACUUGAUAGGAAGGUCAACAUUCCAAAUGCAUCCAACGUAUCAUCUGGGUUUGAUAAUUCACACGCAUGGACUUUUUUCGACUUAAACAUGAUAUAUGAUGAGCAUAAAGAAGAUACAGUAACAGUGGUGCAGGCUGAUUUUUAUCAUGCAACUGACUUGUUGCCCCUGAAGGAUGAUAGAAUUGUUAGUAAAGUGAUGUCUUCCCUUUCGAGGUGCAUUAAGGAUUUUGAGAAUGCCACAGUGGUUGACAAAGAAAUUGAAAGGUUUCCAAAGUCUUUGACGCAUUUCUUUCCUGGUUCUUACAAGUACAUGAUGGGUGGAUCAACAUCUUUUAAGAACUUGUUCAUAGCUGGAGACUGGAUUGUAAACCGACAUGGAUCAUGGGCACAGGAGAAAUCAUACGUGACGGGACUUGAAGCAGCCAACAGGGUGGUAGACUAUCUUGGUAAAGGUACUUCUGCAAAGAUAAUUCCCGUUGAGGAAGACGAGCCUCACAUUCAGGCUCUACGAACUCUAAACAGGAAUUUUAAGGAGAUAAGAGCCCUCUUUCCGUGGUCUGAUUAUUUUCUUCAGUGAUGUGUAUGCCUUUGUAUAUUUCAAUUAUUCAAUCAAAAUUCCCACAGAUAUGUAUCUAAUGAGUAAUGACUAGCACGUUAGUGACUUAGUGUCUUGAUGCAAAAAGAAUUCAGGUGUUAGAUGGGUA